AUGAAUAAAAAACCUUUACUUUCCAAAUAAACUAAACCAUUAUCAUCUUCUCCUCCAACUAAUUCUGGUAAAACUUUAUUAGAUCGUAUAAAGAGUUUUAAUUAGAGAUAAAUAGAUUAAGGAAAAUAAUUAACACAUACAACAUCAUUUACAACUGAUCGAGUUAAAAAUAGAACAAGAGCAAAUUAUUCUGAAUAUUAUGAUUCAAGAAAAUUAACAUUUAAUUCAACUUUGUAACCAUUUAGAUCAAGUUCUUGUAAAAAAAGAAGACAUUUUUAUGAUGAAAAAAUUGAUAGUGAUGGAAAAUCUUCAUAAUUAGAGGAUUAACUUAAAUAUUAAUAUAUAAAAGAAUUUAUUGAAGAAAUACCUAAAUGUAAAUCAAACAAAGAUGAAUAAAUUUAAAAAUUAGAAUUAGAAAUAUAGACUUCACAUAAAUUAACAAUAGGUUAUUAGAAAAAAGCUGAAGAAAGAAAAAUUAUAAUGAAACAAUUAUAUGGUAUUUUGAAAACUAAAGAUUAAGAAAUUGAAUGUUUACGAAAGAAUUAUGAAAAUUAAAUUAUAAUCUAAUAACAAAAAAUGGAAUAAUUUAAACAUGAAUGCAAUCAUUUAUUAGAAAAAGCGGAUAGUCGAAUAAUAAAGCUAGAAGGGUUUCUUUAAAAUGGAUUUUAAAAUAAACAAAAAAGAUUAAAUGAUUUAUUAAUGAAAGAAGAAAAAAUGAGAGAUAUAUUAUCAAAAUUAAUAAAAAAAUAAGAAAGUAAAGAUAAAAUAGAUGAAAUUAAAAAUAUAUUAGCAUUUAUUGCAAGAGAAAAAUCUAAGUAUGAAACUCCAAGAAAAUAGAAUUCUUAACAUGAAUAAAUAGAUAAUAUUUAGAAUGAAUAUUAAAAAUUAGUAACAUUGCAUGAAAAUUUAAUGCUUUAAGUAGAAAAACUAAAUUAUUAAGUAUCUUAGUCUUUAUAAACAUCUCAAUAUGGCUAAAAAGAUACAAUUAAAGAACUCUAAUAAAAUAUUAGAGAAAUGAUCAAUUAAUAUGUUAUAUCUAAAAAUAAUAUAAAGGAGAAAGAUUAAAAAAUUAAUUUAUUACAAAAUGAUUUAAUCAAAUUUAAAAAGCUUUCUGAAAAUAAAAAAGAUCCUAAUACUUAAAAAUAUUAAUAAGUUAUUAAUGAAUUAAAGUUAGAAUAUAAUAAUUUAGAGAAAAAAUAUUAGUAACUUGCUAUAUAGGAGAAAUUUGGAGAAGAAAACAAUCAAGAAUUAUAAAAUCUUAAUGAUUAAUUAAAUGUAUAAAUAGUUAAGUAAUAAUCUUAAAUAUAAUAAUUACAUAAACAGAUUGAUGAUUAAAAUAGAGUUAUGAUCACAAAUGAAAAAAUCAUUUAAUAAUAUCAAUACAAAGAAAAAUAAUUAUAUGAAGAGUUAGAUAAUUAAAAGGAACAAUAGGAAGAAAUAAAUUAAUUAAAAAUUUAAUUAAUUUCAAUUAAUAAUCAAAAAGAUCAUUUAUUAGAAAAUGUUGAAUAAUUAUCAAAUGAAUUGAUUUUAAAAAAUGAUCUAAUCAAUUAGGCUGAAAAUUAAAUAAAUUAAUAAAUUAGAUAGUUAAAUAAAAGUUCAUAAGAUUUAAUUAAAUAUGAAAAUUAUAAUGAGGAACUCUAGUAGAGAAAUAAAAUCUUUCAAGAAAAACUAAAAAAAACAGAGGAUACAUAAUAAAUUUUAUAAAAUAAAUUGUAAGAUAUCAAUAAUAAACUUGAGUUAUUGAAAAAUGAAAAUGAAACUUUAUUAUAAUAAAUUUAAAUAUCAUAAAAUGAAAAAGAAACAGUUUUUGAAUAACUUAUACAAUUAAUCAAAUAAAAAUACAUAAGUCUUUUAUAUAUAUUACAAUCACCUAAAAAUGCGAUAUCUAGAUAAAGUAGUAAAUUUGGAGAUUAAUUAUUUAUUUUUGAUGGAAAUAAUAAAUAUAUGACUAAAUUUUAAUUAGAAUUAGAUAAAUUUGAUGAAAUAAUUUCAUAAUAAACCACAAAAUUAAUUGAGGUCGAAUAGCAAAAAAAUGAAAUUAGAAAUUUAAAUUUAGAAUAACAAAAAUAAAAUUCCUAAUUUCUUUUAUCUAUUUCUAAUUUAGAAUAAGAAAACAAGAAAUAUUAUUAAAUGUUAUAAUAAUGGCAUUAAUAAAUGACAAAUAAUAGUACUAUGAAUUUAGAAUAAAAUUAAGAUGUAAUAAAAUUGGUCAAAUAAGAAUUAAAAAAAUUGAAAAAGUUGGAGGAUGAAUAUUCUUAAUUAAAAUAGAUAAAUUAAAAUUUAACUAAAGUAUAAGAGGAGUUAACUUUUGAUUUAGAAGAAAAAGUUCAAUAAUUAGAAUAAUAUCAAUAAUAAUUAGAAAUAGAAUAGGAAUAAUUAUAAAAUGUAACAAAAGAAAAUUUAAAACUCAAAUUAUAAGACUAAACUUAAAAAUUAUUAGAAACAAAUAAAUUAUAAGAGACAGAAAUUUAAAAUCUUAAAAUUUAAGAAAAGGAAUAUCUUUAAAAAUUAGAAAGUUUAAAAUCUCUAAUUGAGAAUUAAGAUAAAAAGAUAAAUUAGAAUCAUAAUCUUAUUUAAUAAUUAAAUGAAUAAGAGAAUAGUCAAAACCAAUUAAAUAAAUAAUUUUAAAUUGAACUAAAUGAUCAAUAAAGAUAAUUUUAAGAGAAGUCUUAAGAACUUGAGUAAUUUAAGAUGGAUUUACUCUUAUCUGAAAACAAAGUAAACUAAUAAGAAUUGAUGAUUAAUGAACUUAAAAAUUAAGUUAUGUUAUAAAUAAACGAAAACAAUGAUUAUAAACUUAAAUAAUAAUAAAUGAAUGAAUUCUAUGAAAAAUUAUAAGCUUAAAUAAGUUUAAAUUAAGAACAAUUAGCUUAUAUUCAGAAACUUAAAGAUGAGAUAAAUUAACUAAAUAAAUAAAUAAGGAAUUAAAAUGAAUAACUGGAUUAAUAAUCUAUAUAGAAUAUUUAAUAGUUAUAACUUUUAGAGUAAUAAAUUAUCUUAUAAUCAGAAGCUUUGAAGAAAUGUGAAUAAUAAGAAUUAAAAUAUAAUGAAGUUAUUAAAGAAUAAGAUUAAAAGUUAAAUGAUACACUUGAAGAUUUGGAGCAAACAAAAUCUAAAAUUAAAUAAGCUGAAAUAGAUCAAAGCAAAUUGUUAGAAUAAUAUAAAGAUAGUGUAAUUUAAAUAAAUAAUCUUCUUUAAUAAAUUUAAUUAUGUGAAGAAUAAAAUUAAAAGUUGAAAGAUUAAAUAGAACUAAUUUAAUAGAAAUAUUAAGAUAACUUUAACGAAUUAUAAUUUAAGUAAGAAGAGAUUAAUCAAAUAAUUAUGAAGGAAUCGGCAAAUAAGUUUGAAUAAGAUAACUUAAAAGUAAAAUGUAAUUCAUAUGAAUAAUAAAUUGAAGAAUAAGAAAAAAUGAUAUUUCAAUUAAAUAAUUAAAUUUAUAAGUAAAUCGAAAUAUAAGAGUAACUCUAAAAAACAAAUGAAGAAUUGUAACAAAAUUUAAAUGAUUCGUAAUAAAAUUAUGAGAUAUUGUAGAACACUCAUUAUGAUAUUCGUGAAUAGCAAAAAAUGUUAGAGGAGGAAAUUGAUGAUAAAAUAUAAGAUAUUUCAAUAUUAAAUAGAGAUUUAAAGAUUUAAAAGGAAUAAAUUGAUUAAAAUAAAGUUAUUAUAAAUUAGUUGAAAGAAGAAAUAGCUUAAUUAAGAAUAAGUGCAAAUUUAAAUUUUGCACAAAAUUGCAAAUUAAGGGAAGAUAAUGAAAUAAUGAAUAAAGAACUAUAGAUUUAUUUAAUUAGUUCCCAAUAAAAUUAAAAUCAAAAUAGUGAAAAUAUCAAGAAUUUAGAGUAAUUAAUAUAAGAUUUGCAAAAUGAAAUAAAAAAUUAAUAAUUAUAAAUUUCCUAAAAAAAAACUAAAAUUCAAUAAUUAAAAAAUAGUCUAUUAGAAACUUAAAAAAAUGAGGAAGAUUUAAAGUAAGAAUUGGAAAUAAUAUUAAAAUAAUUAAAAAAUGAAUAAAGUUAAAAAGAAGAAGAAUUUAAAUGUAAAUAAUAAUUUGAAAAUAUAAUUCAAGAAUAGAAAUAUGAAAUUUAAUAGCAAAUCAUAAAAAUCGAUUCUUAUCAAGAAAAUUUAUUAUCUUUACAGAAUAAAAUUGUUGAAUAAAAUAAUGAUAUUGAAAGUCUAAAAAAUUAAAAUUUAAAAUUGAAAAUAUAGGGUGAAAAAUAAUAAAAAGAGAUUCAAAUGUUAGAUGAAAAUUUAAAUUAAUAAAAAUUAAUACUUGAAGACUAAAAAUACAAUUUAGAUGAUUCAGAAUUUUAAAUAAAAAUUUAUUAGAAGUAAUAUAAUGAAACUAAAUAUGAAUUACAGUAACUAGAUGAAAAAUUUAACGAUUUAGAAUAAGAAAAUGAAAUAUUAAAAAGAAAUUAAUCGAAUAGCUCUUUAAAAUUAGACAAAAUUUAAAAUGAAAAAUUUAUUCUUUAAUAAGAGAUUGGGGAGUUAAAGCAAUCUUUAGCAACAUUAUUUGAAGAAAGAUAAAAAUAUUAAGAGCAGUUAUAAGAAUUAACUUUUGAAAUUGAAUUAUAAAAAUAGUAAAAAAACGACUUAAAGUAAAUUUUAAUUGAAUAACAAACAUAAAUAUAAAAUUUUCUAUAAAAUAAUUAAGAACUAUAAAAUUAAUUGAAAGAUGAAAAAUAAUUAACAGAAAAUAUGAAAUUAUAGAAAGAAAGAGAUUAAUAAGUUAUUGAUGAAUUAAAUAAUAUUGAGAUUGUUAAUUAAAAAAAGUUAAUUAAGAACUUAUAAGAAUAAAUUAUUGUUCAUGAAUCAAAAGAAAAUUAACAUUUAGAAUAAUGUAGUUAGAUGCAAAAUUUAUAAGAAGAACAAUAAUUUAAAGAAAAAUAAUAGUUAUAGCUUCUAAAUGAAAACUAAUAAAUGAAAGAGGAAAUAAUAGAUUUUAGGUAAUAAAUUAAUUUAUUAGAAAAAGCUAAUAUAUCAACAUAAUAAAACUUUAAGGAUCUUGAAGAAUAGAUGAGUAGCGUUUAAAAGAUUAAUGAUUAGUUACAAAACUCUCAAUAAGAGUUAAUCUAAGAAAAAGAAAUAAAGGAUAAAUAAAUAUUAAAUUUAAAAACCAUAAAUGCUGAUCUUGAAUAACAAUUAAAUUAAUUAAAAAAUGAUUUAUAGAUUUAAUAAGAAUAAAAUGAUAUUUAAGAAAAUAAAAUAAAUUAAUUGAAUUAAUAACUAUAAAAAUUUAAUUAUCAAUAAGAAUCAUUUUCUUAGGAACUACACUAACUUAAUGAAUUAAAUAAAGAAUUAUAGAAUUAAAAUGAAUCAUAAACAUGUCAAAUAAGAUUAAAAAUGGAAGAAUUUAUUAGUAAAAUAAAUUUGCUUGAAUAAAAGAAUGAAUAAUAAGAGAAUUAAAUUAAAGAAUUAAAUUUAUAGAAUAAUAAUUUGUAAAUUUAAUAAUUGUAAUUAAUGGAAUAAUUAUAAAUAGAGAAAUAAUCUAAUAAUAUUUAAUAAUCAGAAUAUCUUCUAUUAUAAAAAGAAGUUUAGAAGGAAUAAGAAAUUUCACAAUAAUUAAAGGUUAAAGUACAAGAUUUAGAGAAUGAAUUAAAUUAAUUAUAGCAAAUAAUUUUAGAUUAGGAUUAGAGUAUAAUUAAACCGAGAGAAUAAUGUGAAAGAUUAGAGAUAUAAAAUAGGUAAAUAAUUAAAUCUUCUAAUAAUAAUAAUGAGUAGAGAGAAUAAGAUAAUAGUGAAUCUGAAAUGUAAAGGAAGUAAAUGAAUGAAUCUUUGUUAAAUCCUCUUGAUGAUUCAGAAAGUGAUAACAAUAUAAAAGUUGAAAGGAAUUCGUAAUGUUUUGAUUUAGAAUUUGAUUAAGUAAGUGAGAGUUAAAAAUAGAAUAUACUUGAAGCAUUUAGUGAAAAUGUAAGUUAAACAUAUGAUCAAGUAAUUAAAAAGAGUAUUGGAGUUUAAAAAGAUCAAAUAAUAUAAUAAAUAUAGGAAUAAAAUCGAUAAUUGGAAAUAGAAGUAGAAAAUUAGAAGAAGGAAAAUAUAAUUGAUAAAUCUAUAAUAGGAGAUUUAUAAGAAUAAAUUUAAGAUUUAAAAAAUUAACUAUUAUAAAGAAUUAUUUUAGCUCCUCUUAAAAAGUUAAUAGGAGAACAUUUGGAUGAGAAUGAUAAUGAAUUAAAUGAAGAGGAAAAGAAGUAUAUGCUUGAAGAAAAAUGUAAAGGUCUGGAAUUAGAAAUUCAAAUGAUAGAAUUUGAUAAUUUGGAAACUCAAAAAAUAAAUGAAUCUUUGAAAAAAGAAAAUGAGAGUUUAUAAUUAUAAGUUAAUUUUUUAGGUAAAGCUGUUAAAGUUUGGUAAGAUACCACAUCAAAUAUACAUUAAUAGAAUGAUUAAAAAUAAUUAAUACUAUUUAGUGUUAUGUCAUAAGCUUUAAAUCAAGAAUAACAAUGGGCAUCUUAAAUUAAUUAAAUUGGACUAAAUUCUGAAUGUGAAUCAAUUUUUAGAUAGGUUUGUUCUAAAGUUUAUGAGAUGCCUUUACUUUAAUUAUAGUUAGAUAAUAUUAAAAAAUAAUUGGAUAAAGAGAAAUAAGAUAUUCUAUCAUUAAUGAAUGAGAAAAAGAUUUUAAGUCAAUAAAUAAUUGAUAUAACAAGUUUAUCUGAAAAUUCAAUAAGACCUCAAAAAUUUAGUGAACCGAAUAGUGCAUUAAAAGUUAAUCAAUCUAUUGAUGAUGAUGAUUAUACUUAAAAUAUUAAAUAAAUUAUACUUAAAUAUAAAAAAGAAUAAGAAUAUAUGAAAGUUGAAAUUCAUAAAUUAACUUAAUAAUUAAAAGAGAGUGAAUAAAAUGAAGAUAUUUAUAUAGUAUAUUAUUUUAAUUUAUUUAGAAACAAAAUAAAUUGAUGAAAGAGGAGAAUUAUGUUAUUAAUGAAAAAUUAACAUAAAUGUAAAAUGAUAUAUAGAAAAUGACAGAAAAAGUUAUAAAUUCUGAAAAUGGAGCUUUGGCGGAACAUUUAAAAAAAAAUAUUUAGAAAUUCUUUGAAGCAUUAAAAUAAGAGUAUUUAUAUUUUAUAUAUAUAUAGAAAAAAAUAAGAAUUUUAAUUUUAUUCAUCAAAUCUUUUAAAGCUUAGUGGUGUAGAAUUUGAAUAAUAAAUUAAUGAAGCAUUAAUUAAUAAAUUAAGUUAUGCUAUUGAUAAAAAGAAAUCGAGUGGGGUAUUUGGAAUGUUCAAAUGA